CUUUUUAGAAGGACUAUAUGAUUAUGAUAUUCCACACGGCAGCUGUUCCAAUUACAGAGGAUUAUGAUAAAAAGUUAAUCAUUGAUUAAAAUCUCGUUGACUUUAUUUAAUAAGUGCGGAAUAUUGUAUGACAAGGUAAGAUCCGGAUCAGUGGACAGGUGUACUAGUUCUCAUAUUUACUUCAGAUAUUUGUUGUUAUACUAUUGUUGUUGUAUUCUUCAUUAAGAACAAAUAUGGACGUGAAUAUUAUGUGUUUUCGUCGUCUAUUGAUCGUGUUGAUUGUAACAUUGGAAUCCAUGUGUAAAUCGGAAGAUUGUUACUGUUUAAAAAAACUAGUGGGCGAUAUCAAUAGUCCUGUGUUUGUAGAACAGGAUUCUGUGAAUGGAAAAUUUUAUGUGGCACAACAAACCGGAGUUGUACAUAUAUACUCCAAAGAUUGGAAGAGAGAAUCAAACCCUUUAGUGAACUUAACAAAUGACGUCCACAUCUCUAACAGUAUUUGGGAUGAGAGAGGGUUACUAAGCAUUGCCUUGCAUCCACAGUUUCACAGUAAUAAACAGAUAUUUACGUAUAGUAUUCGUAUAAUCAAUGGAAAAGAAUAUGCUGUCGUUUCAAAACUUGAAAUCCGACCAGAUCUACUGAAAGAAGAUAUAAUUCUAGCUGUUGAACAGGCAAACCAAAAGUUGAAUGGUGGACAGGCUUUAUUUGGUAAUGAUGGAUUAUUGUAUGUGUCCAUUGGAGAUGGAGGAUCACUUGACAACAAAAAUAUAUCGUUUGCUCAGAGCAGUUCAAGUCUACUUGGUAAAAUUCUACGAAUCAACGUGGAUGAGACUGAAGUAGUGGAUGACCAUCUUCUAUUUUACUCAAUACCUAAAAACAAUCCUUUCGUUGAAAACGCAUCGUGGAGAUCAGAAAUAUUUGCUCUAGGAGCCAGAAAUAUGUGGCGCUGUAGUGUUGAUAAAGGCACUGGUUAUCUAUAUUGUGGUGAUGUUGGUGAUACAGAUACAGAAGAAAUAAACUUAAUUAAACCCGGGAAAAAUUAUGGAUGGAACAUUUUUGAAGGUUCUAUUGAAAAAAUUAACAGAACAAAAAAUGAAACAAUAGAUAACGAGGGCCCUAUAUAUAGUUACCCACAUGGUGAUAUGGGACAUGCUGUAGUAGGUGGCUAUGUCUAUAGGGGAAAGGCAUUUUCAAGUCUUUUUGGACAGUAUAUUUUUGGUGAUUAUGUUUCUGGAAAGUUGUUCAGAUUAAAGUUGAACGAGUCCAAUAGUAAAUAUAAUCUGGCACAAUGUGCACAAAAUAAAUGUCCAUGUGAUGCCCGAGAUACACCGGGAAAAUUUCUACAAUCAUUUUCAACUGACAGUGAAGGUGAACUUUUUAUGCUGACGAAACAGAAAGGAGAGAUUCUGAAAUUAAUACCACCUUUAAGUGCUGUAACCACGUGCGGAUCCUGCCAGUUGUUGCCGAGCGUUUUGGUUUUACUGUGCACAUAUAUGAUAGUAACCAUGUUAUCCAGUAGUUAACCCACACCGAAUAAUGGUUAUUUUUAAGACUAAUUCAUAAUACUAAUGUGACGUAUCUAUAUUUUAAAAUUUGUUAGUUUUCAUGUUUGUUCCAAAUGUAUUAUUCAAGAAACUUUAAUUAAAUAGUAUAUUUUUAUA